GUGCGUUGGAACUAACAGAACACACCCGUUUUGUUUCUAAAUAUCUCCCCAAACUUUUUCCACAAUAAUUCUUAGAAAUGCAGUAAAUAAAGAUAGAAAUAUGUCGAGCUGAGUGACAGUCUUGCAAAAAGUUAUUAUCACUUCUAGGAAAUGUAGAGCAUUUUGUGAUGCCCUUUUAAAAAAGUGCUUCCCAAAGAAUAAAGAAUUGAUUUGAUAAACGUAUUAAUAUACCUAAGUGAUUCAUUACACUACCAAAAUUACAAAAAUAUACAAUCUAAUCUGCAAGGCAUGACUAUUAAAAAUUCUUCCCUUCAAUAAGCACUGCCAAUUGGGCCUAUAUAACUGAAAGCGGUUGGAGAAGAUACCAGCAUACUACCAGUGGCAGAAGUAAAACUAACAUCCACCAUGAAUUCGGCUUUGAAAUUGACAGCUUUGGUGCUGGUAUUCGUCCAGCUGCUCGGUGCCAUACACGGCGGAGUCUACGAUAAUACCAACUUGUGGGUUGCCUCAGACAAGACUCUGGAGUUGCCCGAAAGUGCAGUGCUGGGCGGAUUCGAUCCUUACGGCUAUUAUAUUUAUGUGGGCCGCGUCGUCUACAGCAGUUCCAUCUUGCCGGCCCGCAUAGUGCCUGAGACUGGCACUGCCACCUACAACACCGAGUCCCUCAGCAACUCUGCUACUUCCUACCAGGUUCUCGUUGCCAACGAGACAGUCAGCUACCAUUGGGUGCGAAGUUUCGACGGCUACAGAGAGAAAAAUGCCGUCUCUGUAGGCACAUCUGCCACCAACGAUCGAGUCUUUGUCUGCCGCGCCAAAACCGAUGGGGCCCUACUAGUUGGUACCCUGUACUUGGCCCAACGGGUGUGCAUCAUUAAGUAUCAGGAUUUGCCACUCCGCAAGUUCGAUAAGUACGAGGUUUUGAUCAGGAAGAAGGAACUACUGCAAUGGCAGCCAUUUGGACCAUCUAAUUAGAUCCAUAAAAACCUUCAGCCGGCGUUCAUAAUGAAAUGUUCACUGCCAAAGUAUCAAUAAUAAAAAGUAUUGCACAUUUUCAACCAA